UUUAAAAGGUUGGAGGGAUUUUUUAUCAUUUUCUCAAAUAAGAUUAUUCUUUUUAAAAAGAAAAUCAAAAUUGCUACCUAAUCACGUAUGACACCGUCAAGAAAAUGUAUCCCGCCUUGUCGUAAUCUCCAUUUUUGGCGCAGUUGUUUGUACUUCCCCUGUACCUCUGUUGUUGAUGUAUAACAAUCUGUAUAAACCAUUUUCAUGAUUUCCUUUACCUUCCAUCGUUUCUACAGACUUCACCAUUUCACACCUUCCCUCCUCAAUCCCCUCCUUAAUAAUAAUAACCCUUCUCCUCACCAUACCCAAUUCCAUUCUUUUACAACAAACACAUUGCCUUCAUCUUCUUCACAUUCUAAUUCAGUUGUCAAAAUGGUCUGUUCUUUAGUGUCUGAAUCAUAUUGUAGAAUUCAAGAAAAUACCCAUUUCAGAUCAACACACCCCAACUUGAAAUUGCCUAUAAAUUCUGAGGAUUUGACUCAAGAACAAGCUAUAACUGUUGUUGCCUCUCUUGCAGAUGAAGGAGGGUCCAUGUUGGCAUUGAGUUUCUUUUAUUGGGCUAUUGGGUAUGUUAAAUAUAGGUACUUUAUGAGGCUUUAUAUUGUUUUAGCUAUUUAUUUGAUUAAAAAUGGAAACUUUGAGAGAGCCCAUCAAGUUAUGCAUUUUAUGUUGAGGAAUUUUUGUGAAAUUGGGAUGUUAAAAGAGGCUGUUGAUAUGGUUUUCGAGAUGCAGAAUCAAGGUUUGGUUUUGAAUGCUGGGAGUUUGAAUUCUGUUGUUAGUGUUGUUAAUGAGAUAGGGGAGGUUGAGAUGGCUGAGAAGGUGUUUGGUGAAAUGUGUGAAAGAGGGGUGUGUCCUGAUUCGCUCUGUUUUGAGUCGAUGGUUGUUGCUUAUUGUAGGAUGGGAAGAGUUGUAGAAGCUGAUAGGUGGCUGAGUGCAAUGUUAGAAAGGGGGUUUCUUGUUGAUAACGCGACGUGUACUUUGAUCACGAGUGUAUUUUGUGAAAAGGGGCCUGUUAAUAGAGCAUUGUGGAUGUUUAAUAAACUGAUUGUAUUGGGGUUGGCUCCAAACGUUAUAAAUUAUACAUGUUUGAUAAAUGGAUUGUGUAAGAAAGGGAAAAUUAAGCAUGCGUUUGAGUUGUUAGAGGAAAUGGUUAGGAAAGGUUUGAAACCAAAUGUUUUCACUCAUACCGUAUUGAUUGAUGGUCUUUGUAAGAAGGGAUGGAUGGAUAAAGCUUUUAGACUAUUCCUAAAACUUGUGAAGAGUGACAAUUACAAGCCUAAUGUGCAUACAUAUACAGCCAUGAUAGCUGGAUACUGCAAACAGGAGAAAUUGAACCGUGCAGAGAUGCUUCUGAGCAGAAUGCAAGAACAAGAGUUGGUCCCUAAUGCCAACACCUACACUGCUCUCAUUGAUGGGUACUGUAAAGUAGGAAACUUUGAUGUUGCGUAUAAAUUCUUGCAUCUGAUGGAUGAAAAAGGUUUGUCACCAAACAUUUUUACGUAUAACGCGGUCAUUGAUGGCCUAUGUAAGAAGGGAAGGGUUCAGGAGGCUUAUAAGAUGCUGAGGAAAGGUAUGCGAAGUGGAAUUUCGCCAGAUUUAGUGACUUACACCAUUCUCAUAUCUCAGAGCUGCAAGCUAGGAGAUAACGGACAAGCUUUUUCCCUUUUCAGUAAGAUGGUUAAAGCUGGUAUCAGCCCUGAUAUGCAUACAUACACCACAUUAAUUGCUUCCUUGUGUAGACAAAAGAAAAUGAAAGACAGUGAAAAGCUCUUUGAGGAAGCUGUAAUUUUAGGUUUGAUACCUACCAAAGAGACAUGUACUUCCAUGAUAUGCGGAUAUUGUAGAGAUAAAAAUGUGGCCAUGGCCAAGAAGUACUUCCAGAGAAUGGGAGAAUAUGGUUGUCUACCUGAUAACCUUACUUAUGGUGCUUUGAUUAGUGGGCUUUGUAAGGAGUCAAAGUUGGAUGAGGCUAGAGAACUGUACAAUUCAAUGAUUGAUAAAGGGAUUCCCCCAUGUGAAGUUACACGGUUGACUGUAGCUUAUGAGCAUUGCAAGAACAAUGAACCAACCAUUGCGAUGGGCCUCUUAGAUAGAUUAGAGAAAAAACUUUGGAUUCGAACCGUAUCUACCCUCGUCAGGAAGCUUUGCAGCGAAAAGAAUGUGGAUGUAGCAGCUCUAUUUUUCCAUAAACUGUUGGACAAACAGCAGAGUGUAGAUCGAGUAACUCUUGCAGCAUUUAUGUCGGCGUGCUAUGAAAGCAAUAACUAUAACCUUGUCUCCAGUGUGAAUGAGAGGAUAAUGAAAGACUUUGGUAAGAUACGUAUGCCUGUUAUCUCACUUGUUUUCGCUGUCCAGAAAGCUAAGAUCGGUAUGGGUGUGCUACUAACCAAAUUCUUGGGUGCCUUGCUUUAUGUGGGUGCCCAAUUAGUUGCGCUCUUUUCGAGAAUCUAAGGUAGAGUGAUCUUUGUGACUUGCUGAACAACAACGAAAAGGCUAUGACGGGUGUGCAAGUAGCAAAUUAUUAUGAUUGCCUUAUCCUCUUAAGGUUACAAUCCCUCUGUAAUUCCCAUAAAUGAGGAUCAAUUUUCUGCACUAAUCUAUCUCAGAUUAGAUUAAUUCAACACAACAGCAAGAAGUUAGAGAGUCUAGAAAGAAAAGAUCCUCCCACCAUCCAUCACGUGGAACAUACUAGCACAGCAACUUGUCAUCCUCAUUUGCAUAUUCUGAUUUGCACCAAAAGAUCUUGUCUGAAGCAGAUGGCCAAGCUGAGGAAGAUUCUUCAAGGCAAGUUGUAGAAUGAAACUCUUUCGAUGAAUUUACUGUGAUAAUUUGCUCGAGAGACAAGCUCCAAUAAACAUCCCUUCAUAUUAAGGAAGUUGACAACUACAAAAAUGUUCGUAGUAAGAAAAUCAGAAGAAGUUGUUGGCUUGCUCACUAUGCAGCUGUCAAGUCAUAUGUAAUGGAAGGAGAUCCAGGACCGUAGCACAAGUCAUCACGAAAUAGCUGCUUGUACAGAAGGUGGUUUUGGUUUCUCGUCAUUUAUAUUUUGAUGCAUAAACCUCUUCCACAAGAUCAUGGUGUCAUCGUUGCUGAUUCUUGAGAUCAGACUUUACAGAGUGACAUGCACAUUUUUGUUUACAGAGGUGGUAUGCAUUACAGGCUACAUCAAACUGUCAUCCCACGUGUCAAUACAUGAAAUAUUUCUAGUCCAACACUCCUUAGCAUGCUCAUGACAUCUCAAUCUUUGCCUCCAUUGCUGAACUGACAAUGCAAUCUUGAGUUCGCUCUGUUUCUAACUGAAUUUUUGAACAAUAAAGUUUACCAAGAGUGGCGACUAUCAAUUGUAUGCCAUAAAUGAAAAAGGUUCCGACUUGUUGAGCCUCUCAAUCAUGGUACUGGGAAAAAUGCUAGCAAAAGGUACUAGGAGUGUAUAUAAAAGAUGGCACUGCGUAUAAAUGUUGCUGUUGUUGACAUGCUGUCAUGAAGGUCAUAUGCGGUUGUUCCUAGGUAGGCUGAUGGUUAUGCUACUCAGGCUCCUAAACUCGACUAUCUGGAAAAUGCCUAUUUUGAGCUCACUCUAAAAUGCGUGGCAGCUGUAUUGCUUUAUCUUUGUUCAUUUCUUUCUUCCUUUUCGAUACUGUUAAGAACAUCACGUAUCACUUUUUCGACGAGGGGAGGCUUGAUCUUUGAUGAAGUUAUUAGGCACCAUUGGGUCACAAAGCUUUGUGGGAGUGUAAAGGUUGUAAUGUAAUGUCAUAAAGAGGUGUGUGCAUGUGAAUUGUGAAAUUUGAUUGCAAUGUGGCCAACAUUGUUGAUAUACACUCUUGAGAUGCUUGAACAUGAAUUAGGAUUUUGGACAAAGGUGAAGUGAGAUUAAACAGGAUUGCGGAGUAUGAAUGCAAUUAUUCAGAUAUCUUUAAUAAACUAGUCACUUUUAGAAAAUUAAAUGUAACUUUAUCAACUUAUUUCUAAUUAAAUUUCAUCUCGUUUGAGGUUGACAUUGAUUA